CGGCGUCAGUUGAUGCUCAUCUUCUGAACGUUCCGGAUCUAGCUCUAUCAUCUCCCCGUCACAAUGAGUGGUUGCAAGGCUUUCUGCCUGCUGGCGCUACUUUCCCUGGUGGCUUCCAGCGAUUCUCUGCGAAUUUUGGGUCUGUUUCCGCACCCGGCCAUCAGUCACUUCAAGUUCUUUCACCCAAUCAUGCGCGGAUUGGCAGAGGCCGGUCAUAGCGUGGAUGUCAUCAGUCCCUUCGAGGACAAGGACCCUCCUCAGGGAUACAAGGACCACCUGCUGCCGCCCUCCAACUUGACAGACACUAUUAGCUUAGAGGACUUCGAGCGGCCCUUCCACUUCCUAUUUCACUAUAUAGAGUUCUUUAUCCUGCACAACAUGGGAAAAGAGGACUGCAACACCACACUGCACAGCAAAGCCCUAACUGAGAUCCUUAAGAAUCCUCCUGGCUACUACGAUGUUAUUUUACUGGAGCAGUUCAAUAUUGACUGUGCGAUUAGUGUGGCCCAUGUGCUCCAGGCCCCGGUCAUUGGAAUGAGCAGCUGUGCCCUGAUGCCAUGGCACUAUGAACGAUUUGGAGCUCCUCUGAUCCCAUCAUAUAUAUCAGCAUUGUUCCAGGGACAAUCCCAGGAGAUGUCCUUUGCGGGACGAUUGGGCAACUGGAUUACUGUGCACUCCCUCAACUUGCUGUACAAAAUGUUCACAGUUCCCGCCGGAAAUGCCUUGAUUCGUCAAAGAUUCGGUCCUGGACUGCCGUCCACGGAGGACUUGGUGAAGAAUACUUCUCUGAUGCUGGUCAACCAGCACUUUUCGCUCAGUGGACCAAAGCCUUUGCCCCCAAACGUCAUCGAAGUGGGAGGUGUGCACUUAAGUCCACCGAAACCGUUGCCCUCCGAUCUUCAAAAAAUACUGGAUAACGCACCCAAAGGAGUCAUCCUAAUAAGCUGGGGCUCUCAGCUGAAAGCUAGUUCUCUUUCCGCUGCUCGAAGAGAUGGAAUCGUUAGAGCGAUUGGAAGAUUGGAGCAGGAGGUCAUCUGGAAGUAUGAAAAUGACACGUUGACCAAUAAGCCACCAAAUCUGCACAUCAGGAAGUGGCUACCUCAGCGAGACAUCCUCGCUCAUCCAAACCUAAAGUUAUUUAUGUCCCACGGUGGCUUAAUGGGCACCACGGAGGCGGUCUCCAGUGCUGUGCCCAUUGUGGGUGUCCCAAUUUAUGGCGACCAAUCGCUCAAUAUUGCCGCAUUGGUGCAGCGCGGAAUGGCUUUGCAACUAGAGCUUAAGAAACUAGAUGAGAAUACUGUCUACGAAGCGUUGACCAAGGCACUGGAUCCUUCUUUCAAGGCAAGAGCCAAGGAGGUGGCCUCAGCGUAUAACAACCGCAUCCAGGGUCCCUUGGAGACGGCCAUUUGGUGGGUGGAACAUGUGGCAGAGACGAAGGGAGCUCCUCUGAUCCAACCAAGUGCCGUGCAUCUCCCCCGCGCUGUUUACUACUCCUUGGAUGUCUACUUGGUCGUGGCCCUAACCCUGCUACUACCUGUAAUCACGCUCUUGGGACUAAUCCGAAUGUGUAAAAGAAGAGAACCCAAAGGUGACCGUAAGCUGAAACGCAAAUAAACCCAAUCAAUAGAUUACUGUUUUGGUUUUCAAGAAUUACCUUUGGAUUUAAACUAUGAAAUUAAUUAUUGCUAAUGCAAAUACAUGUGAUACAAUAUCAGAAACCAAAAUACAUUUUACCAGAACAGAA